CGUUCAGCACCCUUCAUACACAAUCAUCUGUCACAGUAUCACCAACACAUUCGCUCACCGAGAAAGAAGGCCCAUUUCGACGGCGACGACUGAAGACCACGUCCAUGUUGACAAUCAGAGGCAGGAACGCGAAUUCAUGCGUGCGAGCCUUCAUGUGCCUGCCAUAGUUACUCAGAUAAUCUUUCGGGAUGAUGCCGAUCCUCGCCAUGCCCACCCGAGGGUUUUCCUGAGGGCCACUCACUCGCCCUCCAGUUCCCAGUCAAAGUGUGGUUCUUGUGAAGCCUUCAAGCCCGUUGACUGAUGUGUAUUCAUCCCAAGAUCAGAGCCACUUCGUUGAUGCCACGUCUGGCUGAGCCUGGAUCUAAAUUGUGCUGAGAAAAGCAUCUCGCCCAACCGAAAGAUGCCUUUAAACCGGGAUCACGCUCAGUUCUUGGUCUUGUUCCUCUGUGUUCCAAUUCAGUAUUUGGCCGUUGAGUACAUGGGCUCCAAUGAAGUUUCGCGCACCUAUGCGAUAUCACAGAUGGUUACGCAAUUUAAAGAGGUUCAAACGCAAUGGCUGAGGGUUGAGCCUUGGAAGAAAUGGUGUCUCCAAAUGGUCCUGAAACUCAGGGAAGGCCGCCAUUUCGUGGAUGAUGGCCAAGAAGUUCACGACAUGGGCGAGUCGCCGGCUUUCGAGGUGCUCAAAUAUCGUGAAAAAGACGGCUAUUUCAGUCAGUCAGCCGAGGUCAGAAAUCCCAAGUCGCCGCACGUCAAGUACCGGGUGGGUCAAGUGGUCAAGCACAAACUCUGGGGCUAUCAUGGGGUUAUUGUUGGCUGGGAUGAAACGGCACGGGCCCCGGAAUCGUGGAUCAAGCAAAUGCACGGAGAUAACGCCCAUUGGCGCACUCAGCCCAAUUAUCACAUCUUGGUGGACACCCGAGAUCGGCCCGCCCCUCAAUUUACCUAUGUGCCUCAGGAAAAUUUAGAGAUUGUCAAACAGGUCAAGAUUCUACAUCCUAGUAUCGAGGAAUACUUCGAAAGCUUUGACGGGUCUCAAUAUUUGGCGCGUCCAUGGCUCAAGGGAGUGUACCCGAAAGAUUGAGAGCCCCUCCUCUCCUCUACCAGCUACCAGAACCCAGAUCAGGUCCGCAUAAUCUGUGAUGUUUCCUAGAAAAAUGACCAAAUCAUCUGGGAAAUUCUUUCAAGACGGCUUGUAUUUUUACAAUGUUUUCGUUCUUUCCUGAACAAUCUCAUAACACAUAUGUUUUCAUCCAUGUUUUACGAAUGUCUAUACUAUUUAUUCAUUGGCAGUAAAUUGAAGUUAAAUUUA